AUGUUCAAACUUGAAUCAUAUCUUACUCCUUGGUUAUUUUCUUACCUAAAUAAUUAUAUUAAAAAUCUGAAGCCAGAAGAUGUAAAGUUCUCAUUAUUGGGUGGCCAAGUUAGGCUGAGUAAUUUGGACCUAAAAUUAGAUGCUUUACAGAGAGAAAUAAAUUUCCCCAUAAAACUAUUAAAUGGGCAUGUUCAUGAAUUGACUGUUAGCAUACCCUAUACAUCAUUAUCAACUGACUCAAUCAUAAUCAGUCUAAAUCUCUUAGAGUUUACCUUUAAAAUUUCAGAUUCAAUAGAACCCCAAAUUGUAAAUGAAGCACUGAAUUCAGCUGGCAUGAAUAAUUUUGACAACCCUGAUAAAAUAAGCAAUAAUAUUUUUAAACAAGAAGAAAUCAAAAAUUUAUUUGAUUCAUUUCAAAAAUUAGUUUUGGAGCACAACAAAGACAAUGCACAGUUAAAUAUUUUUACCAAUACUCCUCUUUUAUCAUCCUCAGAUAAUCCAAAUAAGCCUUCACCCAACUUUAAUACUCCCACUGUAAUCAAGAAUAAGGGCUUACAUUCUAACAAUCUCAUAUUAGAUAGUUUAAGGGACAAUGAUUUCAUUGAUAAUUUUCAAAAUCAACAGUCUCCACCUUACGAUAAUGUUUCACAAACCAUAGAUGAAAAUUAUCCUAAUAAUUUUAUGAACAAUCUUAAUGUAAAACCAACCAAAAGUUGGUGGUCAAAUAUCUUGGGCAAUGUUAAAUAUUAUUUUAACAAUAUCGUAAUUAAAUACGUGGAAUCUAGUGAUGACUAUGGCAGUGAAGAGCUUAAACAACAUAGUUCCGAUCUUAGCUCUGAUGAUAAAUUAGUGUACAAAUUGGUUUUCACUUCUCACAUAAAGAGAGCAGAAUAUGGCAAUUUUGCUUUGACAACUUCUCUCCACGAGGGAUUUGAUUUUAGUUUUCCUAAGUCAAAUUUUUAUUCCUCGGUGGAACACAUUGCAGGCAGUUUUUUCUCAUCAAUUGAAACUAGUGAUAAUGAAACAAGUCCUUGUGCAACAUUGCGCCGUGACAAAAUAUUGCAAAUUCAUGAUCUUUCGCUGAGCUUGGAUUGUAUUCUUACAAAGAACACUGAUAAGAUUCCCUAUAAAGUGGGUAAAGACAUAAAGGUGCCUGGCUUUGGAGGAGCUGAUUUCUAUGAUGUGUUUAAAAUGGGUCUUAACAAUUUCCAUCAUCCCAUUGUACGAAAGUGCGACGUAACACUUUUCUUUUGCUACAAGGACGUCCUAUCCUACGAUAAAGUUUCCGUUAGACCCUCUCUAACCACUUACGUGGGCAUCAAGGAUCUGGAUAUAUCGCUUUCGGAUCACCAAAUACCCUUGGUGAUUAGACUCAUAGAACUUUGCACAGCCGUCAUCAAAGGGGAUCUAGACGAAAUAGCGGGAGACGACUCGGAUGAUCAGCUUAGCAUUAACUCGAAAGAUCACUCUUAUGCUGCAUAUAAUCAAUCCAAUAUUAGCGGCGGCGGUAAUUGGAUGGACUGGGCCUCUUUCAUUUUCCUCGAGGACCAAAAUGAAGCAUCUUUAGAGGGCGCGACCGACGAAAUUGCCAACAACGAGGCUAGAUUGAUGCAGCAGUUUAAUCGUCAAAACCAAGAGCAAGUUAAACAGAUAGCCCUCAAUGUUUCCAACGUUAAGAGGGAUCAUAAAGUGUUAUUCACCGUCGAUAACUUGACGCUUACGCUCAAAGCCUUUAGCGUGCAAAAUGUAGCCACUGAAAGCAAACCUAAUCCUGUAAAGAUCAAGUGCGUCCCUUACCUAACGGCCAAAGCUAACAAUAUGGUGGUCCGUUUCGAAAACUUGCGCCCCCUAAUGUCAGAUAAAAUAUCUCCGUAUCAACGUAUUCCUAUGGGUAAUCGGGGUAUCAGCCUCGUAACCAGUUUAUCGAACGCUCACUUUGGUUUAAUCGAAGAUAACAAUCAAUCGAUAAUUUUCAAAACAAUGUCCAACGAUGUUGAAGUUCAAAACAGUGCCACUUUCCCGACUGGCGAAUUGAUUGAGUUCUGUAAAAGGGACUGGCAUCCCAUCGAAAUAGCUGAUGAAUUCGAUAGAAAUGUAUCUUUUCGUUUUACUUAUCGAUCGUUUGAUAGGGAGUUCAAUGGAGAUUCUCAUAUGGACAAAGAUGGCGGCGAUGGAGCGGACAUGACCGAGACCACCUCUUACGAUUUUUCAUUUCCGAUCCCUUUAACGAUAACCUUCGCACCUCAAUUUCAACGGCUCAUUUUUCGCGCUUAUUCCAAUUAUCUGGCCCUAAAUAGCCGACCUCCCUUUUUCCCUCCAUAUUCGUUACCGGUUGUGCCUCUACCUCAGCUCAAGAAUCUAAAGCUGAAAUUCGAUUUAAAACGAGCCGAUAUAACACUUAACACAUAUGACUUCGGUGCCGGUUUAUAUAAGAAUGGUUACAAUGAUAGCGAAGGUAAAAUAGAUCCUGAUGAUCCUACGAAGAAAGGUAUUGCGGAAGUAUUCGAAAAAGGGAUUCGUUCAUCAAAUCAUGUUAAUGAUACUUAUUGCGAUUCUCAUGGGUGUGAUCUAAAGAUACUGUUGAUCGGAUAUCAGCUGACCCGGGAAACAACGAGUGUCACGAAUGUGGCUCAUUUUUUUGAAACAACAUGGAGUAUGUUGAGUGAUGACGUUGUUCUCGAAAUCGGAACCAUGAUUAGCGGAAACUUAAUGGCGUUUAGGCUAAAGGAUUUAAAAUCGGAUUGGAUAAAUUGUAAAUUACACUUAUACGGUAAUGCGAAUCACGACGCUUCAUCAAGUGCGGAGCGUAAAAGUAAUAUUUAUUUGGCAACGUAUGAAAGCCAAAAGGUCCAUUGUAUUCUUACAGAAUUUGGGAUGGAUUAUUUGAUGCGUAAUGAUUCCAACGAGUGCAGAGAAUGUAAAGUUCUACACGUUUGUAGCCUUGAAUCACCCUGUCAAUCAUUUUCAAAAACUUCGGAAGUCGGUGUAACGGGUUCGAAAUCUUUAGAACUUAAAUACGAGAAAUUUUUUGACCAAAAUGAAUCGUUAAAUUGCGAAAUAGCGAAUAUCGUUGUUCUUUGGAAUACUCAGUAUCUAUCCGAUAUUUUCAAACAAUUCAUAAACACGCAACCUUUUUUAUGGCUACUAAAAAAUUGGCGUCUGGGCAAUCGAAAUCCUAAGCCAAAAAUGGAAACGCGUUUAUUAGAUCACUUCUUGGACGUUGAAUUUAAACUUCGUCUUGGUUGCGUUAUGUUUACUUUAGCUUUGCCCGUCGCCGAUCAAUAUAUCGUUUUAUCUCUAUCGAAGCUAUCCCUGUUGAAUAAUUAUUUAGUUUCGGGUCUCAAAUACCUCGCAAAUUUAUCCUUUACAAUCAAAUGUGUAUGCCAAUCAUCUAUAAUUCCGGAAAGCCAGAUCGAGACCGAAAAUGAUGGGUUGCUAUUACCUUGUGUAUUUAAAGCCACUCUUACAUGCGACCGCGAUGCACUAAAUAUUUCCUGCGUGUUUGAUCGACAUUUAGAAAUGAACAUCUAUUUAGAUAAGAUUCACUCUAUGUAUUGGGCGGUUGAUAUGUUUCGUGAUUUUUGUCUAAAUUUUAAAUCGGCGUUACACCGUUCAUUACCUGGGGACAAAACUAAUUACGUCACUAAUGAUACAAAAUUAGAUUUUUUAGGACAAUCAAAACCAGAUGUAUUUAACUGGGAGCUCAACAUUCCCGGGUUCACUCUAAAUCUGAAAACUCGCGUAUUUGAUCGCAUUGAUGCGUCGAUACUGCACGGAACAGCCGUUUUCGUUCGCGUUAACCAUUAUCGAUCAAUUGAUAUGAAAGUCGGAGAUUUUUGGAUUCAUUAUUCGAGCUCUUGCAACGAAAAAGAACGUGCGAACCAUACUUUAGCAUCUUCGGUGAAUAGUUCUAAAGAUAAGAAUCGCAAUCUGUUGGAAUUGUCUAUUAUCAAGCGCGUCAAGACCUUGGGCAAACCUCUACAGAAACGUGAUACAUCCACGUAUUACGAAUUAAUAAUCAAGACGCGCAAAUUGCUAUCCGUGAACAUCUGUUUACCGAUGCUAUUUAGGCAAUUGCGGUGUGUUGCAGCUAACAAGAUGGCGAAUCCUCGCGAAUUUCGUCUUGUCAAACGGAACGUCGUAAUCGAUAACAAUCCGAAUCUUCUCCACUUUUGGGGCCACGAGUUGUUGGUAGAAAAAAUCGAUAUGGAGACAGGUUUCGCUUUAAAUUUAUCUGUGCACCACAAUUUGCAAGAACCCGAUGUUUUCUCGAAUAAAACUGUCCAUGAAAAUAUUUCUAGCGACGUACCUAUCGGAAUCGACCUCGAAAUAUCUUCAUUGAAAGUGGCUUCCCGGCUGAUUGAUAAAUUCGCUUACAAUAGUAACGGGGAUAUUGAUCUCGAAAUGACGGUCAAGGAUAUCCGUGUCUCCGCAUUUUACCAUUCCAAUUCUCGUUUUAAUAGACUGGAAUCCUCAUCGUCACUCGUGCUAAGUUUGAAUGUUCUAAGACUUAAUCUUACAUCGAUCACCCGUUACUCAAAAUACCCCAAAGAUACGGAAUAUUUGGAAUACUUCUUAAGCGCUGUUUGCGGUCAUACUGAAUUUUUAAGCGAUAACGUGGAUAUCAAACGCGGCGACUCCCGGUCCAUUGAUAAUGCCAAUCUUAAUCCAUCCACGUUCUUGGUAAUCUUGGAUGGGCAGACGCGUGCUUUAUUGGAAUGUUACACUCUCCUCGUGGAUAUUUCGAGAGCUUUAUCUGAUUGUUUGUCGGAUAACGGCGAUGAAACGCGAUUCAUAGAACAAAAUACCCUUUUUAAUUGUGUGCCGUUCGAGGUUUAUCUUAUAGGUAUCAGGCCGGACAUCAGCGAAAAGACUAAGCCCAGACCAAAACUAAUCUACAAGGUAUUCGUUCCAAAUUUUUAUUUGCAACUACCAGUACCGGCAACGUCACUUGAUAAUACUCAAGCAUCCUUCCAUCUAGACAUCGAAAACUUAAACCUUAAUUCUUCCAAGAAAUUUACUCGGAUCACGUGUGAACGUUUGACCUUGGUGUUGAACACCAUUCCUUUGCUAAAUUGUCAGGUGAGAGGAGACUCCCGCAUUUCCAUGAACCCAAAAGGGGACCACUCUGACGUUUUUUCUUCACCUUUCGCCUUAAGUUUCGAUUACCGAAUAUCAACGGAUUCCGCUCAUCAUUUAACCGCGCAAAUCAACUCUCCACUCAAAAUAAAUAUCGACUCGUUUGCCUUAGACACCAUAUCGAACUGCGCAAUCUCACUGAUCCCUCAAUUGUACCCUUUGUCGAACUUUUACGAAAUGCAAUCGUCAAACGAUCAAUUUAAUGUCACGACCCUUCCCAAUAAACUCGAUGUAUCGGUUGAAAGAAUAGAUUUGGUGUUCUCCUUUUCAAAGCGCGACUACGCUCCCGCGAAAACAAUUCCCAAAUCCAUAAAUUCGGGGUUCGAUUUCGUAUCCGUAACGCUAUUCCAUAUGCGAUUUUCCGGCAAUAGGAUCGAACCCGCGGCGUUAAAAAUUUUUAGCUCGCUAAACAUAUCCACGUUACGCGUCGCUCUCUUAAAGAUCUCGACCUCAAUGUCCUGUCCUACGUUGCAACAACAGUCAACGCCCCUUAGAAAUUUGAAACUUUUCGCCCUGGUAUCCAAUUUAAGCUGUCAAAGGAUGAGACCUCAGGAUAUUCCUAUCUUUUUCGCUGAUCGCGAUCCUCUAUCACUUGAAACUACGGAUGAUGAUUCCGCCAAAUUCCUCGACAAUACUCAUCAUUAUAACGUUGAUAAAAUAAAUUUUAUCUACGAUGACUCAGUAGGAACCGGGAAAAGUAAAUUAAAUUACAAGCCAAAGCACGUUAGCAGAGUAAUAUUAAAUCCACCGCAAAAUGUGAUCCGAGGAAAUGACGGAAUGGAAGAAGGUUGUAGAGCGAAGAUUAGGUUAUCCGUUGGAAGAGCCGACUUUAAAUUUGGCCAGGAACAUUACGCUGUAUUGAAAGGAUUACACAAAGUUUUGACCAAGGCCUUGAAACAAUGGCAAACUCUUGUGGCAAAACUUAAAUCGAAUUCAAGCUAUGGUGAAAUUCAUAAUUUGUUGGAUCGGGGCAAAGAGAACGCCAUUCCAACCCAAGUCCCAAAAAACAUUUUGGCGGAUUUAUUCCAAUUUAAGGAUGAUCUAAGGGACGAAAAGAAUGGUUUCAGCUAUAUUACCAAAGAAGCUCAAAAGAAGGAAUCAAGUGAAUGCGAUCUCGAUAAGUCAUAUGAUACCACCAAUUAUGCGGUCGACGAAAGGAUGUUGACUCCUAAAGUUUUAGAAAUCGUCUUCGAUGAAGAUUUAAAAGGUUUCGCGGAAAAUGGAGGCGCUAGGGUAGAGGCAAUAUCUAGCAUGUGCUGGAGGUAUCCAGAACCGAGAUAUUUGUCUAUGGUUCGAAUAAAUCCUCUACCGUUUUGCAUGGAAUAUUUUGACGUUCCGUCCCUCGAAAAACUGACAUCUUCUAGUCAGUCAAAAAUGGCUGCCACUCAAAUCGAUACGGGAGACAGAAAUUUGGCAAUCACCUUGAAAAUAGAAUACUUUGCCUCCGGAAUCCCUAAAUUACCCGGGAAGAAUAGUGAUAGUAGUGGUGAGGGAAAUUAUAUAACGUGGGUCGAAUUCGAUAUAACGGAUUCGCUUAUCAACAACCAUCAAUACCCCCAAGCAAAAGCUCACAACGCCAAAGAUAAUCACUGCUUUCUAACCACGCAUCAUCAUCAACGCGUUACCGACAAUAUUGAUUUCGGCCAUUCUGCUCCAGUCAUUUUGUAUUGUGGCCAGCUCAUAGAUCUCAACAAUGGUUCUUGCGAAUCGCACCUCAUUAACGCUGAGAUUUGGAAGGCAUCUGUUAAAAUUAUCUCUUUACACGCAACGUUUAGCGAGCCUGAUUUCAAACCAAAAUUCACGCGUUAUUCCCUUUCCCCCUUGGCACUGGCUGGUAGUUUUACCCUGGAUUCCGUUUACCCGCUCACGCUAAAUACAUCUCGCGAAUACCUAAACGUAAAUGAAAAUUGUAGCGAUUGGAGCGAAAUGGAUUUUACAGUGGAAAGAUUAAACCUCAGCCUCGCGGAUCACAGUUUAAACCCCAAGCGUUGGUCCAAUAAAUAUCUAGGGUUUGAACGAGGCGAACGUUUUUUGAAAGAUAUAGGCCUUGCUGAACAGAUUGACGUUUUAGAAAUUCAAUGCAAAAAUACUACCCUUAAACACGGCUUUGUUUCCCGUGACAUAAGUAUCGAUUUAAUUGACGUUUUCAUUCGAUCCUUCGACAAUACCCACAAGCUUCCGAUCUUCGAAUCCAAAGGCUUCGCGCUUAAUUACUCUUCUGACUCCUCGGGGUUCGGUCGCGAUGAUAUCGCCGUUUCUACUAACGUAAUGAAUUCUUCGUCUGGUUCCCUUAAAAAGAAUCAAUCCCAACAGAACACACCUCACGAACCUUCGGUCAGGUUUAUCCUAUCUCCUCAGGCUUUUCACUCACUCAUGAGGUACUGGGAAGCUUGGAAGAUUUGGCGGGACACCUCAUAUGGCUCUUUGGAUAUCACGUUAUAUGCCGACCAAGCGAAAUUGGUAUCUAUCAUUCCUUACUCUCUUAUCAUUACGAACUUUUCUUCCUUGACCUUAUGGAUCAAAUCUCCCGAUGCUUCACUGGUAGGCUCCGACAAAAAUCUUCGCGCCAAUGGAUCUCCAUGCUUAUAUGCCGCCAACGCCACAACAACCAAGAUAAAAAAAUUAAGAGCCUAUACAUCGAUCUCAUACGCAUGUCACGAAAAGAGUGAUUUGCUAAUAAGCCACGAUCGAACCCUCUGGGUCCGCGCCAAUUUGAUCAUUAGAAAUGUGCGUGCCACAACAAAUAAUAAUGGUACACGGGGAAAUACGAAAUCCAGUGAUAGUUCUUCGGAUGAAGCCUUCAUUCAAAACGAUUCCCAUUUUAUCUUUCGAACCAAAUUCUUAACCGAGAAUCUAACGCAGAUUAUGAUAUUCUCGAAUACAACGAUCGCUAAUUUCACGCCCUUCAAAUUCGAGCUCUACUUUUCGGCUACGGCCGAGAACGUCACUUGCCGCGAGAAUUCGGACAACAAACUGGAGAACUCUGUGAUUUGUUACCCUAAUGGCGUAGUUUCUACCCUCGUGAAAGAUGUUAUGGUCACGAAAAAUUACGUUAAUAUAUUCGCGAACGAUUCGAAGGGUAAUCGCGAAUUAGUGGAAAAUGUACAUUUAACGGAUGCGAAUUUUAGAAACGGGAAAAUGACGCGAAUUUUACAUUUGACCACUCACGGGGCUAUUUCUCGUCACGUGUCAUUAACUAUCUUAUCCCAUUAUAACGUGAAUUCGAAAUACCAUUUGCACCUUUUAACGUUCGGACCGCCUUUCCUUAUAGAUUUUCCGCUUCGUAAUUUUAUCACUAGUGCUCUGAACACGCACAAAAGCGGGGGAGACGACCGAUCUACUCCUUAUGACGCUAGUCAAACUACCGCCGACUGCCAUAAUUUUAGCGAUAAAAUUUAUAUCCGGCCAGCCAUAGAAUAUUUAAACGAGAGCUCAAAGGAUAAAGCGCCUAAUUCCACCCAUGAUUUGGCCAAAGAAGAGAACGAUACCCGGGAAUGUGGUUGGGAGGAAGUAGGUUGGCCGGAUUCUUUUCCAUUAAUACCGGUUUAUUCGAUCGACCCAGAGAAAAUCACGAAUAGUCAGUGUGGGAAGAAAAAUAAUCUUGGAACGUCUUCACCCCAUACCUUAGAGAUUUCUCUAAGUAUUCCCAACGGUAACUCCUUAUUUUCUCUGCCCUCGCACAUAUUCUGCGAUACUCACUUUGAUCCUGACGAUCUUAUUGUCGAUAACGAACGAAAUGACAAAACGAUCGACGCCGACCCUAUAUUCCGAAAUUCGCGUUUCGCUACGCAAUUUAUAAUAGUUUUGAAUGGGGGGAUCUUGGGCCUUUUUCCGGUUUCGCUAUCGGGAAAAGACAAAUUUCUGCCCAUCGAUGCUUAUAAUUCCGAUGCCUUCUUUCCAGAACGAUGCCAGGAGUACCUGGAGUGGGUGACUCCUCACGAUUUGAUCGCACGAUCAGGAGAUUUGGCUCGAAGCUACCCCCUGUACACAUCCCCGUCGUCUCUUUCCAUGAUUUCAGAACCCUAUCAAUGUUCGAUGAGCCAUUCCCUCUAUUUCGAUAAAAUCCAAAGCUUCGACGAGAGAAUUGGCAAAAAGGAAGCCAGCAGCGAAAUACUGAUCAAAGAUAUCCUUCGUAACGAUUCGAGAAGCGGAAAUAACAACGAAACAUCUAAGGAAAGUUCGUAUAGCAACAAUGGCGUAAACCCUUUUUCCUUGAAUUCUGGAAUGGAACGCGCUAAAAGCAUGUUGGAAAAUGAUCACAAGUUGAUUUUGAAAGCCAACGUGAAAAGCGAUUAUUCUCUUCCUUUCCCCCUCCUUUAUUUACGUUUGAGUCCGGAUACCUUGAUGAUUAACGAUACCGACACCGAUUUGUUCGUUCUUUCCGCUUAUUCUGGAUCGAUGCGGAAGCUUCCCGCGAAACGGUGCUUAUCGAUUGUCGUCGACGGGGAAACCGAAACCGGAAUGGAUUGUGCUUUCUUCAAAAUCGGAUAUAGGGACUCCCACACCGAUCCAUCAGCUGAUCACAUCUACUUUUCUGGUUCCCUGAUGCUUUGUUUAAAUGAUAACGAGGAAGAGGAGUCGGAGAUUGGAGGCAAAAUAACUUUGGGCGGGUCCGAAAAUGUGAAGGGGGUUUUGAGGAACAACGGAUUUACUCACCUCGAAAUUCUUUUGAACGGGGAUAAGGUAUAUCAUUUAACGCUUGUUUCGACUCGAUUAUCCCGCGGUACUCGUUUAAUAUCUUUAAAAUGUAAAUACCGCUUCAACUUAACGCUCGGUGUUCCCCUCUUUCGUAAUCCUGAUUUACCCCGAAAAUGCUCGAAUUCACCGUCGGCGAAUACUAUCGACAAUCACGAUGAUUUUAGGGAUAACCUAACCAGCGAUUUAUUGGGAUUGCAAUGCGCUCUGAUUAAACCCCACCUAAUUACGCAAAACGCUUUCCAGUUAUUGGACAACACUAAAAUAGAGGCCGUUUCUUACGUAGCUUUAACCACACAUCAGGGGGAUAAAAAUCUUAAAUAUCCCAACGCUACUGCCCAGUUAGGAAUAAUCGACUCGAUAGAUAACGGUCUAAAUUCAACCGACUCCAGCCACGGAUUUAUUAACUGCGUAGAUUUGUUGAUAAAACUCACGAAAUUCUUGGAUAAUGAAGGAAACGGCGUAAACCAUUUAGCACCCAUAUUUAUGGGCAGAGCGAUAGCUGUGAGAAUAUUCGAUUUAACCAAAUCCUACAAUCUGGAUGAACCGUUUUGUAUCGAUGACGAUGUACCUCGCGUGGUUAGAAAAAGGGUGAGCUUUCCUAUACCUAUUUCAUCUAAACCUUCCGACGAUCUAAGUGAUACCUCUGACGGCUCAAUAGAGCGCAUUUUAGGUGAGCUAAAUGAUGACGAUUUAGCGGGACAUGGUUUAUGUAUUAUCUCUACUGACAUACCUCCUCUCAACUCCCAUCUUGUUCAUUCUAAAAAAAAUUCUUCAAAGUCGCGACUUUUUAAGGGUGCGGUUCAAUAUUUUACGCUCGUUAGGGAUCCUCUGAUUCCUUACACAAUUUUUAACCAAAACAACUGGGGUUUGAUGGUGUUUCAUAGCCUGAAUUUAGAUGUUAACCCUUUCAGGCAGGCAUCGAACUUAAACAAGUUACUUUUCAACCUUUUCACUAGUCUUGAUUCAUUCGAAACGAAUAAACCCAAGAGAGGAGAGAUGGCUUAUGAGAUUUUUCACGUGACUCCUUUUUCUUAUUUGAGCUACGAACCCCUAUCUUCUCAUCUCUCCUCCUUGACCCAACAAAAUGAGGCUACGUUGCUACGCGAUACUCGACACUUUUUUUGGUUCGGUUUUCAGCAAGUGCGACAACACAAAAACGAGGCAACUAUUAACGAUACUGGUAAAUGGAGCUGGACAUCAGAUCCAUUGAUCCUAUCACCCGCUAGACGCGAAACAUUACCUGUUCCGAAAACAUUCGACCUUUUGCACUUAUCACCUCGUUCUAUCGGUUCCGUUGCCGUCAACUUAGACUUUUCUUUUCCAUGUUCCCGCCUUUACGUAUCAUACAUCUCUCCCAACGUUGAGCCUCCUUUUCCUAAUUUAUCCAAAGAGUUAGGAACUAAAUUUUCCGAUUCACGCCCUUCCUACAGUGUUUCAUUUAAAGCGAACUCUCUCGAGUUGUGUUUGGUAGAGCAACAACCUCCCAUCAGAUUAAAUACUAUUGGUACUUAUUCCCCUUAUUGUUAUUACAAUUUGAGAGAAGUUCUGGUGCUACGUGUCGGAAAUCUUAGCAGUUUAUAUGAUGUCGACCGUUCCCAUCGAAGAGGAAAAAUAAAUCUGUCGGGUCUUAUAGUUCAAAAUGGCCUACUAUGCGGUAAACUGCUAGUCAACAGCAUCACCUGCCUGAACCUGUGCGCGACGAUGAUUGAUCCAGAUAGCAAACCGGUUUUAAUGGAUAAAUUAUUCGAGACCGACGAUAAGGGAAUGAGUCAUAGCUCAAAUAUUAACGGCUUCGAGUUUCCCGUUAUUUUGAAAAGCGUCCCUAGGCAAUAUAACUUAACCGACCGACGUGGCAAAGAUGGGGAGACGAAUAUGAUUCACGCGAAUGAUAUUGAAAACGACUUUGAUGUCUCCUUGGAGUGCAGCUUUUGCCGCUACGAUUACUUCUUUCCUACUCGAAGGUCAGAAGAUGGCGAUACCAUUAAAAAUGUCGAUAACAUCACUUCUAACGUAACGGCCUUCGAAUUCGUGACCAUAAAUGUUCCAGGCGUACUGAGCAUAGCCUGGGAAGAUAAAUUUUGGCUAACUUUCACAAACUCCUACCUCUCGCAAUACGAUCGAUUUCCUCUUGAACAUCAAGUGUUCCAUUUUCGCCUUCCAACGAACGAUCAAACUGGAAAAACAACGGAUUGUUCCAGGAAUCUUUUGAAUUUCGAAAAUGAUCUAUCUGAUUAUCCAUCCAAAAUACCCGCCAAUUAUUCCCGUGGUGAUCACCCUGACUUUGAUAAAUUAUAUAACCAUUCUUUUAAGCGUAAUUUAUUUGACCCAACUUCUUACUCCAUCAUCUCACGCUUUGAAGUGUCUCGUCUAUACCUGGAGCUGACGCUCCGCCUUCACUUGGGCGGGUUGUAUUUAUCUUCCUCGAGAGAUGCCCCUUUCUCUUUAACCAAAUUUGUUUACGGAAGCGUCGGUGGGAAAGAUGUGGGGGAGUGCGCGCGUGAUGUUUUAAAACAGAUCGCAAAACGCUACGCUCGAGAUUUAUACGGAAAUGCAGCAUGGAUAAUAGGUUCAUUGGAUUUGAUAGGAAGUCCAGCUUUCUUGGUAACCUCUUUAAAGGACGCUUUUAGUCGCGAAUUCAACCAGCCCAAAAACCAAAAUCAAGUUUCGUUAUUGACGGAUAACGUUCCUACUAAAAUAAUCAGGGCUUUAACAACGUCCCUACUUGUUUCCAUGGUCAAUUUUUGCCAAAGCUUAAGCCGUAACCUCGACAUCAUAUCCUUCGAUUCGGAUCACAUUGAAUACCAAACCCAAAGGAGGCUCAAUAGGAGAAUGUCAGAAUGCAUUUUGACCCCUAAUCAUCUCUCUUCUCAUACGCCAAAUUUCCAGAAUUCCUCCAAAUAUUCCAGGCAUCUUACGAAUCUAGACCCGGAAGGCUUUUCUAAUUUGGGCACCACGUCGGUGGGAAAAGCUAAGAGGGAUUUAAUCCACGGGUUUACUGGGCUGGGGUUCAGCAUAAUAGCGGCCUUGGCGGGUAUAAUUGACGUUCCGUUCAAGGAACUCCAAUCCAUUUUAAAAACAAACUCUUUAACAAAUUAUGCGCAAUCUACACUCGAUUUAUCAUCAAGUCCCGCCACGUAUACUGAUCCGUACUUGAUUCAUCAACACAUUAUUGGCAAUAACAACCGCACUAUAACCCCAAUCGCUAAAUCUUUAGUAACCGGAGUUGGUAAGGGUCUGAUAGGGGCGAUCAUAAAGCCAUUGGGUGGAUUUUCGGAAUUUCUCGCUUCCUCCGCGCAAAGUAUACUAAGUUUGAUAGGGGGUGAUACUUUGGAAACUCUCUUGAGAAAUCCUAUCAUUUAUAUGAUCGAAUGUGAUGUCGAGAAUAACCUUGAUAUCGCACAACACUGGUUGGAAAUCAAUGGUUGCCAAUUAGAUCCAGAAAAAUGCCAGCUAGUCAGCGAUUUCUUAUAUUCGGACCAAGAUCCACCGGCAUUCGGUGCCCAGAGCAACUCCAAUCACGGAUCCCAAAAUCUCAUUGGCUACUACUUCGUUCUUCUUACUUUACCCUCAGCCUUCUCCUCGUCACAUUCGAGUUGUCAUCAUCAGUUCCCUAAAAAAUCUGGUAGAUUUGAGACGUCCGGAAAUUUUUACCUUUUUAAAUUGCCCCAACCCGGUAUCCUACCAUUCAAAGUGUUUCAUUUGUACGAGCUCAAAUCCGAGUGUUUAGAUGAACCGGGUUCGAUAGUUUCUAUAUCCGCCUUCGACGAGAACGCUUUUUUGAAAGAUCUCAAUAGUUAUGAAGAUGGAGAUCAACGAGAUUCUAUCUUGCGUACUCUAAAAUACGAUGCUUCGUCGGUAUGGUUGAAAAACUAUUUAAGAAACGCGCCAAAUGCUUCAACUUAUUACGGGCCCAUGUGCAGCCUCAAAUUUAAGAAUCCCGUUUUAGCUGCAUAUUGGAAUAACAUUUUCAACGAAGCUAUAAGCCAAUGUUUAGAACCUUGACAAACCUUGAACAAAUUGCAUAGCUUUUUUUUGAAACGAAUAUAUUACUCCUUUUUUUCACGAGUCACAGCACAACGCGUAUUUAUACUCAAUGAUAAAAAAAAUUUAAUAUAUUUUAAUGAUCACAAAUCCUUAUACAUAAUAAUGAUUUUAUUAUGGGCAAUAUAUUUAUAUUAUUAUUCACCAACAUGGCAAAACGAUAACUGACAAUGAAUUUUUGGAUAAACGAGGUUUACCUUCGUAUAUUAUUUAUCCUCCCAACUUAAACUGAUCAAAAUUUUGAACCCUUCCAAAAUAAUGGAUGAUUUGCUCAAAGAGGUUGAACUUUUUAAGAGUUUAAUUCGAGGAAACCAAGGGAAACAAAACAUUUAUAUUUAGAAAAAAUUUUAUCUUUUAUGUGCACAUAUAUAUUUUUUUAUAUAAUAUUUAUUUUAAAAAAAGAAUGUAAUUAAUAAUUAU